AUGACAUUUGUCAGUUUCUGGCUUGCCCUGGUCAGCUUCCUGCGCCUGACAGCGGAGUUUGUGGACGGGCUGCCCUGGAAGGAUAUUGGAUCACGGCAUUGCAGUGUUAGCCUGAGCUUGCGGCGGACCACCUCGCCGCAGGAGCUCCGCGGGAAGGCUUUAUCCGAAUUGGAUCGCACAAAGACGCCAUGGCCUGAAUACGAGUCUCUCGAGGAUCGCUGCCACGAGUAUCUGAACUUCGCAAGAACCUGCCUCGCGAAGGGAGCUGCAGGCAAAGUGGACGGUUUGUCGCAUCGCGCGACGUUGGGUGCCCAGCCCCGCGAUGAGGAGGCACUGAACGCCGCAUUGGUGUUCAGUGUCCUCGCUCACAAC